AUGGAGUAUCAAGGAGAUACCCAAGUGAAAGCAAUAAAAUUGCAAGUAUUAAGAAGAGAGUUCGAGAAUCUCUCUAUGAAAGACAAUGAAACAGUCAGUAAAUACUUCUCUCGGGAUAUGGGAAAUGUGAGCCAGAAGAGAGCUUAUGGGGAGAUCAUUACUGAUCAAACCAUUGUUGAGAAGAUACUUCGAAGUUUAUCUCCGAAGUUUGAUCACAUUGUUCCAUCCAUUGAAGUAUCACUUGAUCUAUCUAAACUCACCCCUGUGAAGCUGAUGGGUUCCUUGCAAUCACAAGAAGAAAGAAUAAAUAGCAUAUCCCAUGAGAAAACGGAAAAGUUUGAAGAACAUGCCCUGCAGGUUAUGCAAGAAGGAAACCGGCCUUCAAAUGCACAUGGCAGAGGACUUGGAGUGGAACCAAAAGAAAACAACAGCAAUAGUGAGGAUCAAUACUUGUUUAUGGCAGUUAUAUCUGAACAAGAAGCCAACAAUAUGUGGUUUCUUGAUUCAGGAUGUUCCAAUCAUAUAACAGGCUCCAAGGUCAGUUUUGUUGAACUUGAUGAAACCUUUAAAAUGAAUGUUCAAUUGGGAAAUAAAAAGACACUUGUAGUUGAAGGAAAAGGUGUUGUUCGAAUUUAUACUGGCCCAAACUCAUAUAAAUUGCUUAGUGAUGUGUAUUAUGCUCUAACUUUGGAGUAUAAUCUGCUGAGUGUGGGACAGCUCAUGAGGAAAGGUUAUUCUUUGUUGUUUAAGGGCCGUGACUGCACCAUUAAGAAUCAAGGAGCUGAGUUGAUGAAAAUUCAUGUUUCUACUAACAAUAUGUUUGUUGUGGAUGCUUCAAAGGCUGAAUCCAACACUCCCAAUCAGUCAUCACUGCUUCAAGUAUGGCACAAGAGAUAUGGACACUUAAAUUGGGAUAGUUUAAAGUUGUUGCAUGAGAAAGCUAUGGUUUCUGGUUUACCUCAGAUUAAAGGCACAAGCAUCUGUGAAGGGUGCAUUCUAGCCGUUAAUGUAUCUUUAUUGCUGACAUCUUUAACGUCAAGCUCCUUUGACGGAGGUUGCAAAAUGUUGUUAGAUUCCGACGGAAUAUUCGAUUCAUCCGUCAACGAAUUCUCAUUUUUAGUUGAGAAGAACCCGAGGUUCGAUCCAAAGCUACGAAAGGGAGAAUUGAUGAUUUUGGAGUUAGGUGCGGAAGAUUCGUCUUUUUGGGUGAAAUCCCCUUUCGAGGGGCUGGAUCUUGAUGGUGGUGGGACUAUGGCGGUCAAUGGUUAUGGUGAUGAUGUCGGUGGUCGACGGUGUUAG